UAUGGGCACAAAGGAUAGAGCAACCUAUCUAGAAAAGUGCACACAAGUGAAAUGAAAGGCAUAAAGGGUUAUGAGCCACGUUCAAGCUCAUCUUGUGCAGCUUGCAAAUUAUUGAAAAGAAGAUGCACACCAGAUUGCUUAUUUGCACCUUACUUCCAUUCUAAUGAGUGCAAGAAAUUCGCCAAAGUUCACAAAGUAUUUGGAGCAAGCAAUGUUAGCAAGAUACUCAUUGAAGUGCCAGAAAAACAAAGAGAAGACACAGUGAAUUCUCUUGCUUAUGAAGCUGAAGCAAGGCUUAGAGACCCAGUUUACGGAUGCAUUGGUUCCAUAGCUAUGUUGCAAAGGAAGAUGAUGGAACUUCAGCAUGAUUUGGCCAUUGCUAAGGAACGUCUUGCUCGUUGUCGCGCAGUUGCUGCAGCUGCUACAAUCACCACCACAACAGCUCCUUCUGUGAUUGAUAGUUUGCAUUCGGAUGUUACUUUGCCUCCAUUUCCUGAGUUUUCCACUUCUGAUGAUCUCAAUGAUAUCUUUUGUCAUGGCUCUUCUUCACAAUUUUUGGGUCGAAAUGAAACAGUGGAUGAUUUCAAUCAAAUUCCAUAUAUAUUUUGAUCAUAUGGUCCCCCCUUUUUAAUUAAAUUUGUCAUGUAUGUGCUAAUAAAUAAGAACUUCAUGAUAGCAAUGGAAAAAAAAAAAACAUGUAUUAUUGUGUGUUAAUACAUAAUUUCCAUGGUUCCUAUAA